AUGCAUACUAUUGAUUUAAUGUUAAGUAGUAAAAAAACAAACACUAAAAAUUAUUAUUCAUGUCAGUCAUCAACUGAUUGUACUCAAACAAAUUCAUCAUUCAAUAUGGAUCGUAGUGUUCAAUGUAAACGAUCAAUAGAUCAAUCGACAAAUUCAAAUUAUCCUUUAAAUUCAUCAUCGACAAUGCCAAAUCAACAUGAUCAUAAUGAUGAUGAUGAUGGUCAUGAUGAUUUCAUUGAACAUUGUACAAAUCUUAAACAAAUUAACAAAUCAAACAAUGAUUUUCAAACUAUAAAUAAUCUACAGAAAAAUUGUACACAUCAUACAAGUCCAACAGCGUUAAAUGAUCAAUAUAUAUGUUCACCUGAAUCAUCUUUAUCAAAUGAUGAUAUGUUGAAUGAUCCCGGUGGGGUGAAUUUUAUGGGAAAACGAAAUAGAACAACAUUUUCUGAGAAACAAGUGGAAUUCCUUGAAUUAGCUUUUCAACAUACACAUUAUCCUGAUUUACAACUACGUGAAACACUUGCCUAUCAAACAAAUUUACCUGAGUGUAAAAUUCAAUCAAGGCCAAAUGAACAUGGCGUCAUUGAACUAUUGAAUGAGUAUCAAACUAUUGGUACUACUAGUACUACUACUACUACUACUACUACUACUACUCCGACUACUACUACUACUACUACUACUACUACUACUACUACUACCACUACUACUACUACUACUACUACCACUACUACUACUGUUACUACUACUACUACUGUUACUACUACUACUACUGUUACUACUACUACUACUACUACUACUACUACUACUACUACUACUACUACUACUACUACUACUACUACUACUACUACUACUACUACUACUACUACUACUACUACUACUACUACUACACUACUACUACUACUACUACUACUACUAUUACUACUACUACUACUACCCAGAACAUUUAGUACAACAUACAAACAGAAUAAAAAUAAUAUUGAUACUUGA